UAUUUUGUAAACCCUAAAUUACUUGUUGGAUUAGUGUUAUGGUGUAUUAUAUGUUAAUUACUUGUUUGGAUCAGUGUAUAUAGGCUCUCAGUGUUAAUUUUUGUCACUUGUUUGAAGUCAUGAAUUUGUGAAUUUCGUGCCAUGAACCAUUUCAUGUUUGAACCUCAAUGUUAAGUGUUGAACAACUUAGCGGCGACACCUUAGUAGGCUGUUCUAUAACGUCAGCUAGCUUACCGGAUGAUCCCUGGGCGAUUUCUCUUUUACACAGUAGCUGAAAAAUGGCAGCAAGUUCUGUUUCGAAAUGUUUUCGUGUGGGUCAUUCUUUGUUGUCUUCCAGUAUCCAAAGAUCAUCAUUAUCAUUAUCACAAGAAGCCACCUGCAACAAUCUCUUAACUCAGCAAAUAAGGAGAUUCAUACAGAUGAGGACGAAUCUGAAAGUUGUAGACAACUCAGGGGCAAAACGGGUAAUGUGCAUACAGGCUUUAAAGGGGAAGAAAGGGGCAAGAUUAGGGGACACGAUAGUUGCAUCAGUGAAGGAAGCACAACCAGGGGGGAAAGUGAAGAAAGGGCAGGUUGUUUAUGGUGUGGUUGUUAGGGCAGCUAUGCAAAAGGGGAGGUGUGAUGGAAGUGAAGUGAAGUUUGAUGAUAAUGCUGUUGUGCUUGUGAAUAAACAAGGUGAGCCUAUUGGGACACGUGUCUUUGGACCUGUCCCACAUGAGUUGAGGAAGAAAAAGCAUGUUAAGAUAUUGAGUCUUGCACAACAUAUUGCUUGAAGCUUUGUUUUUUUACAAGGUGAAAUGAAUUCAAGAUUUUAUGUUUUUUGGAACGAAAAGUUAUGAUGUUAGUAUUUAUCUGAUUUAAUCACUGUGUUCUGUUUUUUGAAAAUGAUUCUUGUGUUUGUUACUUCUUAGUUAAUUGUGACAGUUAAAGUGAUGCUAUGGAUUUUUGUUUGUUUUGUUUUUGUUGAUCUAGAAAGGGGUUGUUUCUUUUUUCAUUUUUGUUGUUGUUGUUGUUGUUAAGUUCUGUA